GGUGCACACUAUUUCUUACAUUCUUAACUUCCAAAAUCCAUUUACAUGUUUGACCUUUCUGGAGGUUCAUACAGUUAUAACACACGAGCAGGUGUAUUUCCUUCGAUAUUGAUCAGCGAUCACUAGGGUUCCUGUCUCGAAGUUGAAGCGCAAGUUUGGGGAGCUGUGCCGUCAAUAUCAGGAUAUAAAGAGGAACACACACGCAUUUGAUUGAUUCUCUUUCAGAAUUUUCGGAUAGGACGAUCAAGAUCUGCAAGUUAAAAUGUCUGCCAAGGCCAUUUGUGAAGCUACAGGGAAAGAUCUGCUGAACAGAUUCCUAAACAGUGGGGGAAGUGCUGUGAAGUGCCAAUUCGCUACUGUUAAUGAAGACACAGAAUGGAAAGCCCUUGUUGCAAAUAACUCGUGGUUGAAAUCAGAGCGAUUAGUCGUUAAGCCAGACCAGCUGAUCAAGAGGCGCGGUAAACUUGGUCUUAUCCACGUGAACUCUGACCUUGACAAUGUGCGUAAAUGGGUGGACGAACGAAGAGGGAAAGAUGUGCAGGUUGGUAGAGCAACCGGAAAACUUCGAAACUUUAUAAUUGAGCCAUUUGUUCCUCAUAAGCAGGAUGAAGAAGCUUAUGUCUGUGUUUAUUCUCAUCGUCACGGUGACACUAUUCUGUUUCAUCAUGAAGGAGGAGUGGAGAUAGGAGAUGUUGAUGCUAAGGCACUAAAACUUGAAAUACCUAUCGAGAGAAAGCCUUCUUUGGAUGACAUCAAAAACAAACUUCUUAAACAUCUACCUGCAGAAAAACAAAUGUUUGUUGCAAAGUUUAUUCAAGCUUUGUAUGAAGUGUAUGUGGAUUUGUUCUUCACCUAUUUAGAGAUCAAUCCGUUGGUUAUUACGAGAGACAAAAUUUUCAUCCUUGAUCUUGCUGCUAAAUUGGAUGCCACAGCUGAAUUCAUGUGUAAGCAAAAGUGGGGAGAUAUUGAAUUUCCACCACCUUUUGGAAGAGAUGCUUUUCCAGAGGAGGCUUAUAUUGCUGAUCUGGAUGCAAAAAGUGGAGCUUCUCUGAAACUUACUAUCAUUAAUAAAGAUGGACGCAUCUGGACUAUGGUUGCGGGUGGAGGAGCAUCAGUGAUAUACAGUGACACUGUAUGUGAGCUUGGUGGAGCUUCAGAACUGGCCAACUAUGGAGAAUAUUCUGGUGCUCCAAGUGAGCAGCAGACAUAUGAAUAUGCCAAGACCAUUUUGAGCCUGAUGACAAAAAAAGCCCAUCCUGAGGGAAAAGUGUUGAUCAUUGGUGGAGGCAUUGCUAACUUUACUAAUGUAGCUGCCACAUUCAAGGGUAUUGUAAAGGCUUUACAAGAGUUUCAACCCAGACUUGUAGAACAUAAAGUUUCAAUAUUUGUUAGACGAGCAGGCCCCAACUAUCAGGAAGGGCUGCGAGUAAUGAGGGAAGUGGGCAGCACUCUUGGAGUACCAAUCCAUGUGUUUGGCCCAGAAACCCACAUGACAGCCAUCGUUGCCAUGGCAAUGAAAAAAAAAGAUAUUCCAGAACUUCCAGAAGCCAGUCAUACGACAGCUAAUUUCCUUCUUCCUGAUGGAAUGCAACAGUCAACUACCCCCCCAAGACGAACAUCAUUUAACAGUUCUGACGAUAAACAGAAGUCAGCUUCACCAUCAGGUGAUGCUUCUGUUGAUGGCAGCACCGUGAAACCCUUAUUUUCAACGGGCACAAAAGCCAUUAUUUGGGGUAUGCAAGUCAGGGCAGUCCAGAGUAUGCUGGAUUUUGAUUUUGUAUGUUCUCGUAAUGAAUGGUCAGUGGUAGCCAUGGUAUAUCCUUUUACUGGAGAUCACAAGCAAAAAUUUUACUGGGGCCAUAAAGAAAUACUGAUACCUAUGUAUAAAAAUAUGGCAGAUGCCAUGAAAAAACACCCUGAAGCAGAUGUCUUAAUCAACUUUGCAUCCUUAAGAUCAGCAUAUGAAAGCACCUUAGAGACAUUACAAUAUCCACAGAUUAGAUCCAUUGCCAUUAUUGCUGAAGGUAUUCCAGAGAAUAUGACCCGAAUGAUGAUCAAAAGUGCAAACGAUAAAGGAGUGACGAUUAUAGGCCCGGCAACAGUGGGAGGCAUUAAACCAGGCUGCUUUAAGAUUGGUAACACUGGUGGAAUGAUGGAUAAUAUUUUAUCAUCCAAACUCUACAGGCCUGGAAAUGUGGCAUAUGUAUCACGCUCUGGUGGAAUGUCCAAUGAGCUAAACAACAUCAUUUCUCGUGCAACCAAUGGUGUUUAUGAAGGAGUGGCAAUUGGAGGAGACAGGUAUCCAGGUACUACUUUUAUGGAUCACUUGUUACGAUACGAAAAGGAACUAGAUGUUAAAAUGAUGGUGUUACUGGGAGAGGUUGGAGGAGUAGAAGAAUACGAGGUUUGUACAGCUCUAAAGGAUGGAAGAAUUACAAAACCACUUGUGGCUUGGUGUAUUGGAACUUGUGCUGACAUGUUUGCAUCCGAAGUCCAGUUUGGUCAUGCUGGAGCAUGUGCUAAUAGUGACAGAGAAACAGCAGUCUCAAAGAAUAAAGCUUUGGCAGAAGCUGGAGUACAUGUACCACCUACAUUUGAUGAACUAGGCGUUACAAUUCAGCGUGUUUAUGAAGAUCUGGUAAUCAAAGGAUCCAUUGUUCCAAAACCUGAAGUUCCACCUCCAACCGUUCCUAUGGAUUAUAGCUGGGCAAGAGAACUUGGAUUAAUUAGAAAACCUGCUUCCUUCAUGACAAGUAUUUGUGAUGAACGAGGUCAGGAACUUCUAUAUGCUGGUAUUCCCAUAACCAAGGUAAUCAAAGGAGAACUUGGGAUUGGGGGUGUACUUAGUUUGUUGUGGUUUCAACGUCAACUACCCAAGUAUGCCUGCAAAUUUCUGGAAAUGGUACUAAUGAUUACUGCUGAUCAUGGUCCAGCUGUUUCUGGAGCUCACAACACCAUUGUCUGUGCAAGAGCAGGAAAAGAUCUUGUGUCAUCACUGGUUUCUGGCUUACUUACAAUUGGGGAUCGAUUUGGUGGAGCAUUAGAUGGAGCAGCAAAACAGUUCUCUCAUGGCUACGACAGUGGAAUGAUUCCCAUGGAGUUUGUGAAUACGAUGAGAAAGAAAGGACAGCUGAUCAUGGGUAUUGGCCACAGAGUAAAGUCGCUGAAUAAUCCAGACAUGAGAGUACAGCUUUUGAAGGAAUAUGUAAAAGAACAUUUCCCAGCAACACCUGUGUUAGACUAUGCUCUUGAAGUUGAAAAAAUUACAACUUCCAAGAAACCGAACUUAAUUCUUAACGUGGAUGGGGUCACAGCAACAGCAGUGGUGGACUUGCUGAGAAAUAGUGGUUGCUUCACUCAAGAAGAAGCACAGGAAUACAUUGAUAUUGGAGUUUUGAAUGGGCUUUUUGUUCUUGGGCGCUCGAUUGGUUUUGUUGGACAUUACUUAGAUCAACGUCGACUGAAGCAAGGGUUGUACCGUCACCCAUGGGAUGAUAUCUCAUACGUUUUACCAGAAUCCCUCAUGGAUAACAGAUAAAACCAUUUUGUCUCUCAUUUCCUUAAAGUUAUGAGGAUUACACAAAAGAUAAAAGGAAAUGAAAUAAAUAAAAAAUUAUCUGUAGACAUAUAUAUAAAUGAACAUAUCUGUGUAUGGGUGAAAAUUCUAAAUGGUAACUGGUGUUUGCUUAUAGUACACUGUAAUAAAAGAAUAUUUACGUAUUCCUUUAAAAUUAAAUUUUUAUCCUUGUCUAAAAUUUAGUGUAGUUUAUAGAACUAAAGAAUAAAUACCAUAAAAACUGGUAUACACAAACCUAAAAGACCAGAACACCACGAAAGACACUAAUUUUGUUAAUGUCUAAUACGUGUCUUGCAUAACUUUUUUUUCUUAUCAGUCUGCUUACUGUAUGUUAAAUUUAUGUUCCUUCUGUUAGAUCUUAAAUUUGCACAAAUUACAUUCCUUACCUCCGCUGUUCUUACUUUAGUGAGUGCUUAAUACAAAAAUUGUGUUUAUAUACUUCAUACAGUUUGAUGGUAGUUUUGACAGUCGUUUGGAUGUAGAACAUCAAAUUUAUACAUGUUUGUUAUUUUUUUUAGUAAAGUCUUUCAUUUUAUUGUUUUGUAAAAGCAACCAAUUAAACACAUGAAUGGAAUAAAUUUUAAUGGAUUUCAAUUUGGUAGGAAAAUAAAGAAUAAAGCAUAUUGAGCACUUUU